UCUACCUCAAAAAUAAAUAAAUAAAUAAAUAACCAACAGCAAAAGAAAGUAUUAAGUAAAUUAGUAUUCAGAAUUAAAUUUAUGUAUAGAAAAUAUUCACCAGAAAUUUAAAAGAAAAACUGAAAGCAACCUAAAUAUCUUAAAAAUAGGAAAUGAAUUGUUAUAGCGUAUUGCCUUGGUAAAAUUAUAGCGUAUUGCCUUGGUAAAAUCUCUGCAGCUGUCUAAAAAGCAGAUUCUGAAGACAACCUAGCAAUAUGGGAAAACUUCCUAAGUUGAUAACAAAGUAGCAAAGUGUGUAUAUGCUUUUCAAACUCUGCCAAAUAUGUAUAAGAAAAAGCCAGAAGGAAAACUGUAGCACAAUGAGAAAAAAGCUAUGUGGUUAACCCUUUUUCUUUUACUUUCCAGAUUUUUGCAUAGUAAUCUUUUGAUACGGUAAACUCUCGGAAGAAAAUAGUGUGAAAAUAAAUUUUUUACUUAGUGAACUAUAAAAAGGAGCACAACAGAAUGAGAACGAAAUUUAGUAACCAGAUCACAUGCUACAAAUCCAUCAGUAUGAAAACUCCAUUUGCAAAGUGAUCCAAUAAGAGUACAUGGUUUCCUUGUGAUGAAAUAGAUCAUCAAGAUGCAAAUACGUGGACUUGCCAGUAAACAACUCUGAUGAUAUCUGCCUACUAAACUAGCAAAGCCCUUGAGAAGGCCUUUUGUAGGAGAGCUGUGGGGAACAUACUAAGAGAUAGAUAGCACUGUUGAAUUAAAACCAGCAGUAAGAAAGCUAAGCACAGUAUGAUCCAUCGACCGUGAAAGACUGUAACUCUUCACUUAAAAUGCCAAAACUUGGGAAUCAGUGAAACGUACAACCAGGAAAGAACAGACUGCGGACGGUGUCGCUAUCAUCCCCGUGCUGCAGAGAACGCUUCACUAUGAGUGUAUCGUUCUGGUGAAACAGUUCCGACCACCAAUGGGGGGCUACUGCAUAGAGUUCCCUGCAGGUCUCAUAGAUGACGGUGAAACCCCAGAAGCAGCUGCUCUCCGGGAGCUUGAGGAAGAAACUGGCUACAAAGGGGACGUUGCCGAAUGUUCUCCAGCCGUCUGUAUGGACCCAGGCUUGUCAAACUGUACCUUACACAUCGUGACAGUCACCAUUAACGGAGAUGAUGCCGAAAACGCCAGGCCGAAGCCAAAGCCAGGGGAUGGAGAAUUUGUGGAAGUCAUUUCUUUACCCAAGAAUGACCUGCUGCAGAGACUCCAUGCUCUGGUAGCUGAAGAACAUCUUACAGUGGACGCCAGGGUCUAUUCCUACGCUCUAGCACUGAAACAUGCCAAUGCGAAGCCAUUUGAAGUGCCCUUCUUGAAAUUUUAAGGCCAAAUAUGACACGGGCCAUUUUUGUAAGCAAGACCACCAGGCCUUCUUCACUAAGACUUUGUAUUCAACUUAGUUCCAUGUAGAUUUGCCAUUAGCUUUUUCCUAAAAUAAAAGCACAGAACUGAUGUGGUGGUGGUAUGGAAUUGCAAUUACAGGUAGGUUGUGACCCUCAUUUAAAUAACUCCAGCUAAAAUUAACAAAAAAGAAGAUAAAUGCAAGUACGUUUACUCCAGCUUUUAAAGGUCAACAGCAGUUAACUACAGCUCAAUUACUUUUCUAGUCUAGUCUGGUAGACAGGGAUAUUUGUACAGGAAAACAGACCUGAGUUCCCAAUUAGGUCAACUAUUUCCACUCUCAACCCCCACUGUAAAAUUCUAUAGCUGUGCAUGCAAAUAACCGUGUACUCCAUUGGUGUUUAAAACAGCGUUAAAAUGAAAAAAAGACUCUUUGGCCUCUUCUAAUUGAAUUUUUACUAUGCAAAAUUCAUCUAGGGUAGUUGAAUCCAACUAGGGUAGGAUUCAGUAGAAUCCGCAACUAGUUUAAGUCCACCUAUUUACUGAAGCUGAACCAGCUAAUUUUAAGUAAGGAAAAUGGUUGAUUCCAUUCACUACACCGAGGCUAGGAGACUAAUGAAAAUUCAGGGCCAUCCCUCAAGCAUCUGCACAUACUUGAGCAUCUCUUUUCCUAUCCUUACCUCAAAGAGUACUUGAAGUUUCUGAAAACAGAUCCAUAAGACUGAUAUGGUUUGGGGCAGUAAUAUCUUGAUGUUAAACCAUGAAUAGAACCAGCAAGAUCAGCCAGUAUGUGAAACCCAUUACAGAGUACUUCAGAGCAAGAAGUACAGAUUGAUGUGGUUCCCAUUUCAUUCCAGCCUGAAACCCUGUCAUCCAGCAGUUCUACCAGUGUCCCUGGGCCAUUUUCUUAGCCUCUUGAGUGAGUUUAGCUCUUUUUGUGUUGACUUUUAGGGCCUCCAGCAGCUCCAUGAUUUUCCAGGACUUUCCAGUCUGACCCCCACAGAAGUCUCAGGACAAUUCCCAUCCAGCCCUAAGUCAUGGUUCUAGCCUGGCUCCAGCGGGUAAGCCAGGCCCUAAGAACCAUAUGAAAGGGCUCUCCAGAUAAAAUCAGGGUGCUAAUGCCAGAAUGCUGCAGUAUAUCCAUGUGUCCACAGGCCCACUGUCUGAGCCCAGGAUAUUUUUCUGAGUGAAACUGUUAAGAUCUUUAUACUGGACAUCCUAAAGAUAGAACAAUUAUGGAAAUACAGAACUUUAUAGAUGAAGCUAUCUAGCCCUAUACAUGUGAAAAUUAAGAUCCAACUACUUCCUAUAAUGGUAGCCUUCCCCUAUGCCUCUAACCCUUUGUUAAAUCUCGAUUUCAGUCAUAAUCAGGCAUUGUGAUUCUUCAAAGCUCUAACUCUUCCUUAGCUCGCAAAGCCACAGGCUACCAUUGAAAUUGAGAGAGAAGGCAUCUGUAGGUGGGCGCAGCCCAGUCUCUCCACAUAGCCCAGUUCCUCCCCAGCCACUCCCCAUGGGCACGACCUCCGCAGCUGACCCUUAUCCUCUCCUUCUUCCUAAGAGUGCAACUUAGAAGUGAGAGCCAAAUCCUAGCAUGUAUCCCUAAAUGCCAUUUCUAUUUUUUAUAAACAUGAAAACGUGCUUUGGAAAAGGUUGUGCUUUGGAAAUUAAGUCUGUUUGAGAACUGGCAGUCUGGCUGGCACUGUUUUAAAAUGUUUAUUUGCCCUGCAUUUAAAAACUGAAGGUUUCCUAUGUAUUAAAAGCCAUAUUUCCACCUUCUUAAGGGAAAAAAAAUCGGACAUCAUAACACCACUGGGUCGAUGUUUUUAUGGUAACUGAGGCCCUCGGCGGAUGCUCUCUGAGCCAUUAACAUCCUGCCUGCCUUUAUCUGCCUUGCCCCUGUGAUUAUUUGGCUUUGUAAGCAUAAGCUACAUAAGACAUACUACACUUAAGAAACAGCAAUGAAAACCCAUACUUCUGAAAAGGGUGUCUUUUAAAAAUUAAGUUUGAUCUUUUGGGAAAUAAAGCACAUGGUUUUCAAAAUGAUUUACCAAGAACUACGCUUUUAAAUGGAGACUGGGUUAUUGUUUUGAGAUCACUGUUUUCCUGUUUCCUCCCAAAUGUUAGUCACAUACAUGAUUACCCGUAAGUUGGUCACUGUCCGUCAAUAAUUUAGGAUUAAAGUUUGAAGUGUAAUUACAUUUGACUUUUAUAGGCAUCUCAGGGUGGACUUAUAAAUACAUUGAACUUAUACAAAUGAUCUUAGAAGAUGUUUAAUAUCAGAUUUAUUUUUUUUCCAACACAACUGAAUCCGUUUUCUUAAAUAAAAUUUAUUGUCUACUGUUUA